AUGUCUUUAUUUCAGGAUUUAAGAAGUUUAAUAAUUAAUAAAGAUAUAAUAAAGCAACUGAUAGACACACCACUUAAUAACGACGCAAGCAACUUAUUAACUUUUUGGUUCAAGUGUUCAAGAGAAAAACAAACGAAGCUUUUUAUAGGUGGAUUAAUAUUUGGUUUAAGCAUUUAUAUUUUAGCACCUUCAAUUAGACUUCUGUUCAGAGGUAGCUACGAUUACGAAAACGACAAGGGAAUGCUUUCUAAGAGGCCCGAUAAGUAUACUACUGGCCUUAUCAACUUGAGAAAUGAUUGUUUUGCGAAUUCAUCGCUACAGGCCUAUCUGGCAUUAGCGGGGUUCACCGACUAUUUAAAUAAAUUUAUCACCUCUUUUGAUGAACUUAAAGCAUUUAUAUCAGCAAACGGCAUCUCGGAGGAUAUCUUGAAAGCCGAUAUGAAUGACAAAUCAUCGAGAAAGUCGAAACAAAAUGGAUUUGAAAUCCCUCUUCAUAUUGCAAUGGCAACUAUCGUCAAAAAGCUACAGACAACUCAGAUGAGUUCACAUACAAUAUCAGUAUGGACUUUUUUACAUUGUCUCGAAAAGAUUUUUAAUGCAAAAAUUUCCAAGUCUCAGCAUGAUGCUCAGGAACUCAGUCAGCUAAUUAACGAGACUUUGGAGAAUGAAAACAUUCGGAUUGCGAAAUCUUUGAAAAGUAUUAAAUCUGCUAUAAGUGAUAACCACAUUUUAUUAGAACAGAUGGAAGCUGUUGAAGUACCCGAGUUUCCCCUCAAGGGAUUAAUUUUAUCUCAAAUGAGAUGUCUCGAGUGCCAAGCUCUCUCCAAACCUCAUUUUGCUCCGUUUUUGAUGAUAACGUUACAUCCACCCGAAGAAUUACAGACGAACAUUGACACAUUAUUAGAGGAAAAUGAGAAAGAAACAAUUUCGGGCUAUCAAUGCUUAAAGUGUCGCUUGCUGAAAAUUAUUGCGAAUGAGGAUUUCAUGAAGGAAAAGGGCAUUUUAAAGAACGAUGACAAGGAAAAUGAAUUAAUCGCCAAAUUGAGAGAAUAUAAUGGCGAGGAGGCAUUGUGUAUCAAUGAAGACUUAGCUGAAGACUUGGAGAAGUAUAUUAAAGAAUACAACAAAGGUGGUUUAGAUAUCUCAAAAAUAACAUCAACUGUGAUGAGAUCAGCCCUGAUAUUGAAGCCUCCCAAGAUAUUCGGUCUUCAUUUGUCCAGAUCUAGUUUUAAUGGAUACGAAAUUGUGAGAAAUCCCUGUAAUGUUUCAUUCAAAGAUAGCCUUACGUUGUCAAUUGGUAAAAAGUAUAGUGAUAAAAUCAAGCAACUCCAAGCGGCAGCUCAAGAGGAGCUCAGUGAGGAUAUACCAAACAUUGAAUCGAAGGUCUUGACUACAGACUCCGAUGAUAUGGAAGAUGAAGAUGUACAAAGAGAAGAUAUUGAUCAAAAAGGGAACGAGGAUGAGGAAGAGGAAGAGGAAGACGACGACGAUACAGACGUAGAUACAGACUUAGAAGACGAUGAUACGGAUAGCUCGUCCUUUACAUCAACCGAAUCUAUGCAAAAUAACAACCCAAAUGAUAGCUCAGACAAAGGCUCAAGAAGCACUGAUGUAACUUCGGAAAUGUCUGUAUUGAAGACGUCAGAGACAAUCAACAAAACCCCAAUAUCAGAUGAGCAAACGGGAAAAUUAGUUGAACAAUUUAAGCAGUUUAAAUUCAAUGAUAAUGAUAUUUAUAAAUACAGGUUAAAGGCUGUAAUUAAGCAUCAGGGAUCACAUACCCAGGGCCACUACGAGUGUUACAAGAAAAAGCCACUCUAUGUAAAGAACAAGGAUGGUACUAUUUUCAAGCUUUCCCCCGAAAUCCUCGAUAAUGUGGUUACUACAGAAUCCACGGAAAGCUCAACUGUGGAUGCCACUAGUCUGAGUUCUCUGAAGCCCAAUGAACCAUCGUCAUUAAAAAGAAGACUUUCGUUGUUAAACAAAAAGCGCAGUGAAACUAAUAAUGAAGACCUGAAUAGUGCAUCUAAUGCUGAAGACCCUCCACUUUUGAAGAACCUUCAAGAAGAAGACGAGGAUAGCUCUGGUUUUCGUAAGAAGUUCUCGACAAUGAUGGGACGUCGGCCUUCAUUAUACCAGGCAGACCCUGCCCAUGCUAAUAUUCAAGAAAUCCUUUCUUCUGGGUUGACAACUCCAGCUGAAGUAUUGGUGAAUGAUUUAGAAUCUGACUAUUUUUCAAAGCCCAUGGAAUCUGAUAAGGCACAGAGUCAGAAUGAUGAUCAUACAGUUAGGAUGAAGAAGAUUCCUUCAUUGAUUAAACAUCCAUUUUGGAAAAUAAGCGAUGCCAACGUUAUGGAAGUGUCAAAGGCUUCCGUUUUAUGUGAAACAUCCUCUGUGUAUAUGCUCUACUAUGAACGGGUCGACAGAAAGCAGAUCAAAGGAAGCCACAGAGUUUAG